UAGUACAACUCCACUGCUUUGCUGCUCGUCAGUCUGAACAGCGCUGCAUGGCCAGUCUCAAGGGCAAACCAUGUACUAGUACAUUUCCUAUCGAACGCAAAUGAAACGUAAAUACAUUGGAUUACAGUUGGGUUCUAAAUGCGUAAUUGAAUAGACAAAUCCAUGCUGGAAACCUUGGAUUAAUAUCUAUUUUUUCAACACAAGCCAUUGUUUUGUUUUUACAGCGAGGGAGAACAACAGCUGUUUUGGUAUCUCUCUUUGGUAAGAGGAACAACCUUGCUGGGGACCCCUUGGUGGGUUUAUUUAGUCUCCUUUCCCAGUGAUACAAGGAUAAACCCCAAUACCAAUUCUGUUGAACACAACUUUCUCAACACAAGGGGGAGACAACAUUUAUUCCCCGACAAGGGAUGGUAGAUAACUUUGUAGUGAGCGAGGAGUCUUUUCUGAUAUACUGUGGCUCCCCGCCCGCAUACCACCUAUCGGACAUGGUGACAGACUCAAGCACCUACCAGGUGAUGUCCUCGCCCUUCUCUGAGGAUGACCUCAGCGAGUCAUCCAGCCCCCGGUCCUGUUCUAGCCCAGACUCCCAGGUCCUCAGCUCCAGCUAUGGUAGCAGCUCCAGCACAGAGAGCCAGGACAGCAUCCUGGACUACCUGCUCUCCCAAACCUCUCUGGGGGCUGCAGGUGGUGGAGCAGUGGUCCCAAUGCCACUACCCACCUUCUUGUGGGACUGUCGGAAGGAUGCGCCAACGAAUCCGGAGCCAGUGAAGGAGGAGAAUUUUGACUUCCCGGUUUGGUCUUCUGUGGACAUGGAAGAGCCACCUGGAGGGUCCUUCCAGCCAACCCUGGAGGAGAUUGAAGAGUUCUUAGAGGAGAAUAUGGAGGUGGUGUCAAUGAAACAGGAGGCAUUGGAGGAGGUGGUGGGUCUGGGGGGGAGCUUAGAAGUCUGUAGGGAUGCUUCCCCAGGGAAAAGGCUGGAAGCAGAGUCCAAGCGUUCAGACCAAACUGUGCCCACUGCAAAUGCUGCUGACACUGCUACCACCAAGGAAAUGACCAAAGGUAUACAGGCCAAAACUCCUGCACAAGAACCUGACACAGGCCUGAACAAUGGCCCAAAGAGGGGCUCGGCCAACAAGAGUGUCUCCACAGAUGGUGGUUCCAAUGAUGACAGUAGUGGGAUGCCAGUCAUCGUCCAGAUCCAGCCAAUUCAGAUCAAACAGGAACCAACAGCGACACCAACUCCACUGCCUAUGUCCCAGCCCCCACAAUCAACCUUGGCCUCGGAUAUCAAAAUAGCCCAGCUGCUGGUCAACAUCCAAGGCCAGACCUUUGCACUGGUCCCCCAGCUCCUUCCCUCCACCAAUCUCAAUGUCUCCUCCAAGUUUGUGCGCAUUGCACCAGUCCCCAUAGCGGCCAAGCCCCUGGGGAAUGGGGAUGCUUUGGCGGGGAGUCACAGAGGGGGGAUCUUGGUUGGGGGUCAGAAGUUUCAGAAGAAUCAACUGGCAGACCUUAUCAAAAUGCACAAAUGUACUUUCCCAGGCUGCACCAAGAUGUACACCAAAAGCAGCCACCUCAAGGCUCACCUCAGAAGACAUACCGGGGAGAAGCCUUUUGCUUGCACCUGGUCUGGGUGUGGAUGGAGGUUCUCGCGUUCAGAUGAGCUGUCGCGACACCGGCGGUCCCACUCCGGGGUCAAGCCCUACCAGUGCCCUAUAUGUGAGAAAAAGUUUGCUCGUAGUGACCACCUGUCCAAACAUAUUAAGGUCCACCGCUUUCCACGAAGCACCCGGACGGUGCGCACUGCAAACUGACUCCUCUCUGAUCACUGUCAAACAGACAUUGGCCAAGGAAGCAGAGAAAGAGUAUAUGGAUGUGUGUGGAAGUGUUUGUGACUUCAAAUGUGUGUCUUUUGAAAAGAAAGUGUGAUUGGGGUCAUGGUAAUUUAUUGUGCAAAUCAAAACUUGGUUACCAUCUUCUCUGUCAUCAGAAUUUCAGAAAACUUGGUGACAUGUUGUAUUCUCUGUAAAUGUUUUUGCAGUCCUUUAUCUUUUGUUUCAGUGUAAGAUAAGAUCAAAUCAACUUUCAUUGUAGCUAAAAUGUAUAUUGCUUCAGUAAUGGCCUUGUGUUUCUAUUUUACCUAGAUAAAAGACUGCAUUUGUAUUGCCAACGCCAAUGUCUUGGACAUUCCACAUGUUAUGCAAUAGUUAGGAAGUCAGGUUGAAGUUUCUCUGGAAACUUUUUGUCCUCGUGUUUGUUUCGUCUUAUCGUGCCAUGCAUUUGGGUGGCGAAAAGGUGAAGCAUUUAUGGACAUGAACUACUGAUGACACAAAUAAGAGAAUAAGAUAGUGGGAUUCUUUUCAAGAACCUGCUCCAAUCAUGAUGCAAGGGAAAGUUCAAAGCAAUAAGAAUAUCAAAAAAGUAACACUAGUAAUUUUUUAUAUCUAAACAAGCCUUCCAGUCAGUGUUAGAUUAUUACUUAAGUUUGUUUUCAGCUUUUUAUUCAAGUGAAUAACAUGUUUAUGUUGGUGUUUUUUGAAUUGGUAUCUCAAGCAGUCUUACAACUCAAGUUUGGCCUUAACUUGUCACAGUAUCCUUUUGAUGAAGCAACCAGUGGUCACAUAAUAGGUUGUUUAUCAAGAAUAUUUAUUUGUCGGGUAACCAGUGUCUAAAUCAGGAAAAUGAUUAGGAGGUAUUAUACACUACAGUGCUCAGCAUACAUAACCAUUGAGAUGAAUGUCUCAAUGAGCAAAUUUAGUUUUUGUCAACACAAAAUCUGCCUCAUUUGUUCAAUCUCUUAAAGGAAUUACCCUCAAGUUUUUGCCCUCAAUUUGCUAUGGCAGCAUGGGGCUCUGUAUGCGGACACAACACCGUGGUGCUGAACGCCCUGAAGAACUACCUUCUGGCGAUUAAUAGUUGUUUUUGUUAGCUCUUGAAUGUGUGUGUUAUGUGUGCAACAAAGGUUGUGCGGAUGACCGUCCAUGCAUAUCUCAUGUAUGUUUGCAAACAAAAUACAGGGGGUACACAAUAUUGUACAUCAUUCCUUUCAUUCAAUUUUUGAAUUUUGAAUGCUUGUUUAAACACAGGUGUUUUAUCGCAUCCUAUGAAUGUAUGUAAAUAUGAGGACGUGUACAUGGCUGCAUACACAAGAAAACACAAGACUUCUGAUAAACUAUCUUAGUCUGUCUUUGUGAAUAUUUCUAGUGUAAACCCUAAAAAUGUACAUAAAGUUUCAGUACAUAUGAAUAUAUUCUAUAUUUUUUCUUUGUUCUACCCAAGAUGCAUUUACAAAUAAAAAGAAAG